AUGGCUGAAGUAACAACGACAACACCAUCCUUAGUACCUCUUACAACUGUAGAUAAUCUAUUUUCAAUAACACAUCAAUUCUUUGAUCAGUAUCGUACAUCUAUUGCUGUUUUUACUGGAACAGUUAUGACAGCAUGGUUAUAUAAUAAAUUUUGGAUGAAUCGAAAAUUUUAUCCAACUAUGCAUUUAAUACCUGGUAAAACUGUUCUUAUUACAAGUGGCCACACUGGAAUCGGUUACGAAACAGCUAAAGAUCUUCUUCGACGAGGUGCUCGAGUAAUUAUUACUUGUCAUGAUAUGUAUCAAGGUAAUCAAGCUAUUCGACAGCUUCGUGCAGAAACUGAAUGUAAUGAAAAAUCUAUACGUUUCAUGGAAUGUGAUCUAUGUUCAUUAGAUUCUGUUCGUCAUUUUGCUAAAAAUUAUAAUAAUGAAGAAGAAAGACUUGAUGUAUUAAUUUGUAAUUCAAGUCUUCUUUGGACAACAGAUGUAGUUACAAAAGAUGGAUUUAAUUCUAUUAUACAAGCUGAUUAUCUUAGUCAUUUUCUUCUCACAAAUCUUCUAUUAGACAAAUUAAAACAAUGUCGUCCAAGUCGUAUUAUUAAUAUUUCAUCGAGUGCACAUAAAACUGUUCGAACAAUCGAUUGGUCUGAUGCUUUAACACAAUUUAAAAAUUAUUAUCUAUGGGGUGCUUAUCCAACAUCGAAAGUCUUUCAAAUUUUAUCAGCUUAUAAAUUAAAACAAGAUUUAUUUGAAUCUGAAGGUAUAAAUGUAUUUGCUGUGAAUCCUGGUUGGAUAUGGACAUCAAAUCGUUUAUCAAUAAUCGAAGCUUUUGGAUUUUAUCCAUUUUUAAUUGUAUAUCCGAUAUUAAGAUUAUUUAAAAUAGCUUUCGGUAUAAAACCUAAAACGGGUGCACAAACAACGAUUUAUUGUGCUGUUGAUCCAUUAUUAGAACAUUCAGAAGAUCUCUACUUUGAACAUUGUGCUGUUUCUCAACCAUCAUGGUUAUGUACUCAUGAUGCAUUUGCUAAUCAAUUAUGGCAAAUAAGUUGUGAAGCAGUUGAAGUCUGA